UUAAUAUUAGGCGGGCAAAGUCAGAAAUAUAGUCCGUACGUAAAACAAACUAAAACCAGCAAAGCAAAGCUAACCAAAAAGAGAAAGUUUAGAGCGAGAGAGAGAGAGAGAAAGACAGCGAGGAGAAUCAUCUUCUUCCUCCUUCUUCCUCGAUACGACAGCGUACUAACCAUGUCUUACGACUAUCUCUUCAAGUACAUCAUCAUCGGCGACACAGGUGUAGGAAAAUCAUGCUUGCUCUUGCAAUUCACGGACAAGAGGUUCCAGCCUGUGCAUGAUCUCACCAUUGGCGUCGAGUUCGGCGCUCGAAUGGUCACCAUCGACGGUCGUCCUGUCAAGCUCCAGAUUUGGGACACCGCUGGGCAAGAAUCUUUCAGAUCCAUCACUAGAUCUUACUACAGAGGAGCAGCUGGAGCACUUCUGGUUUAUGACAUAACCAGGAGAGAGACAUUUAAUCAUCUCGCAAGCUGGCUGGAGGAUGCCCGGCAGCAUGCAAAUCCCAACAUGACAAUCAUGCUCAUAGGGAACAAGUCUGACCUCGCUCAUAGAAGGGCUGUCAGUAAAGAGGAAGGAGAGCAAUUUGCAAAGGAGAAUGGGCUUUUAUUCUUGGAGGCAUCUGCAAGAACAGCUCAAAAUGUUGAGGAGGCCUUCAUAAAGACUGCUGCAAAGAUUCUUCAGAAUAUUCAGGACGGCGUGUUUGAUGUGUCUAAUGAGUCAUCUGGCAUCAAGGUUGGAUAUGGACGACCCCAAGGUCCAUCAGGCUCAAAUGGAGCUGUUGCUCAGAGAGGCGGAUGUUGCAGCUAAAUAGAACAGAAAUAGGCUCUGUAUUCAAUCCAUUUGUGCAAAUUAUCUUCAUUCUCCAACAUCUGUGCUUUGAACAUACUCUUUCAACAAUCAUGUUACUUAGUGAAAACAUUUGAAUGUAUAGAAUCUAAAGUUCUUGGAUAGAUUUGAUUUUCCUUUCAGGGAUUCGUCUCUUUUCAAUGCUGAAAUAUUUUUCAACAGUUUAUGUAGCUAUUCUUUUUGUU